UCCCCAGUGCUAGAACAUGGACCGGUAAUAAAUGACACAUGCCCAGACAGAGACGGGUGUGCAGAGCUGGGCCUGCUGACUUCUACACAAUGAGCGGAAUGGAGAUGAGCGAUGGGAACCGGACAAUGGAGUGUUCGCUUCUCAGGGAUCAGUUCGGCAGGCUCCAUCUGUGUAUCAGGAGACAUGUCCGCCGACUGCUGCCUGCUGGAUUCACAGGAGAAUUAAAGAAACAGGGAGCUCUGGCCGGACCGGUGUUCCUAUCUCAGACCAUGGUAAUUCUCCUAAAUUUAGUAAGUUCUGUUUUUUGUGGACAUUUGGGAAAGAUUGAGCUGGACUCAGUGAUACUCGCUGUUGCUGUCAUAAAUGUUACUGGAAUAUCUAUAGGUGCGGGCUUAUCCUCUGCUUGUGACACACUCAUAUCUCAGACAUAUGGCGGUAAAAAUCUGAAACGCGUUGGGACAAUCUUACAAAGAGGGGUUCUGAUCCUAUUACUGUUCUGUUUCCCUUGCUGGGCAAUUUUCAUUAAUACAGAACACAUCCUGCUUCUCUUCAGACAGAAUCCGGAUGUUGCCAGGUUAACACAGCUGUAUGUGAUGAUUUUUAUCCCAGCCCUUCCCGCUGUGUUCCUUUAUCAACUACAGACGCGCUAUUUACAAAAUCAGGGUAUAAUAUGGCCUCAGGUUCUUACUGGAAUUGCUGUAAACAUCAUCAAUGCUUCAAUCAAUGCCAUCCUUCUGUAUGUCCUAAAGCUUGGAGUAGUGGGUUCAGCUGUAGCAAAUGCAAUUUCUCAAACUGCGAUGUCUGCUCUGCUCUUCACCUACAUAGUUAUGAAAAAGCUGCAUGUAGAGACAUGGGAUGGUUGGUCCAAAGCCUGCCUCCAGGAAUGGGGUCCUUUUAUACGACUUGCUAUACCUAGCAUGCUUAUGAUGUGCAUAGAGUGGUGGAGCUUUGAACUUGGAGGAUUCUUAGCAGGUCUUAUCAGCGUGGUAGAACUUGGGGCACAAGCCAUAAUGCUGGAAUUGGCAACUGCAGCUUACAUGAUACCUGUUGGUUUUUCCGUGGCAGCCAGUGUCAGAGUGGGAAAUGCUUUAGGAGCUGGGGAUGUUAAGCAAGCCAAGCUUUCUGCUAAAGUUUCUAUUAUGUGUACAGGUUUUUUUGCCCUGGCGUGUGGUGUUUUCAUGGCCGGGUUGAAAGAUCACGUCGCAUACAUUUUUACCUCGGACAGGGAAAUUGUUGCCCUGGUGUCACGGCUUAUGCUUAUUUUUGCUCCAUUCCAUGCACUUGAUGCAAUGGCUGGCACAUGCGGCGGAGUGUUACGUGGAACAGGAAAGCAAAAGAUUGGUGCUAUUAUGAAUGCAGUUGGGUAUUACAUUUUUGGUUUGCCAAUUGGAAUAUCAUUGAUGUUUGCUGCAAAACUUGGUGUAGUAGGGUUAUGGACUGGAAUGAUCACUUGUGUCUUCCUGCAAGCCUCAUUAUAUUUAGCAUUUGUUUUACGGUUGAAUUGGAACAAGGCAGCUGAAGAGGCUCAGGUGCGAGCAGGAGUCAAAUUGGAGAAACCAGAAUCUGCCCCAAAUAUUCCACAGAACGAGAGCAACUGUGAUGACAUGGAUGUGAAUGGAGGCAUGCCACCUUCUGAUCCUAAGUAUGUUGAAGGGCAUCAAGACAUUGGAUAUAUUAUUUUACCAGAUACUGAUAAUACUGACAAACACACAGAUGAGCUUGUACAGCAAGAUGAUUCCGUCAUGAAUGCUACAAAUGUUGUAGGUGAAAUCCUAUCUGUGAAGCAGUUGAUUAUUUGGCGUGGGAUGGCAGUGGUUGCAGCUGUGGCUUCACUGAUUAUUGGUAUAAUGAUUAAAUGUCUUAUAGGCGAUGGAUAAAUUAUUAAACUUUAACAAAUUAGCAUUAAAAUAGCUUUGCAAGCUCUGCACCAUAACAGAUGUCACUAUAACAAUGUGGUGUAGUCAGGUUAUUGUGGUGAGAAGAUUAAAUAUUAAAGGACCACUAUAGGCACCCAGACCACUUCAGCUUAAAGGACCACUAUAGUGCCAGGAAAACAUACUAGUUUUCCUGGCACUAUAGUGCCCUGAGGGUGCCCCCACCCUCAGGGACCCCCUCCCGCCG